CGUCUAUUAAAGACCCUUGUUAACGUUUUUCAAGAAACCUCACACACUCAGAGAGACACGUUGACGGACACUCAGAGACAGAUACACAGACCCGACACGCAGAGGCAGACAUACUCGGACACACACUGAGCUCGGAUUCCUAUUGUCUAGCGGCAGAGUCUCGUUUCACAGUCUGAUUCCAGGUGCUUGAGAUGACCCUAGGAGUUGGUAACCGGGGGAAAGUUGAAGUGUUCGUGGUAAUGAUAUCGUUACUGUUGACCGUGCUACUACAGCACACACCCACUGCGGACGCCAUCGCUCUGGACCCGUGUUCUGCCUACAUCUCUCUGAAUGAGCCCUGGCGUAAUACAGAGUACCAUGUCAACCACUCAUCUGGCAGUGUGCCCCUGUGUGACAGCCGUGUGUCAGGGGAGUGGUACCGCUUCACAGGGAUGGCCGGAGACGCCAUGCCGACUUUCUGCAUUGAGGAGAACCACUGUGGAACCCACGCCCCCAUCUGGCUCAAUGGGAGCCACCCACAGCCCCAGGAUGGUAUCAUGACCCUUCCUGUGUGUGCCAGCUUCAAUAGUAACUGUUGCCAGUGGAAUGCCAGUGUUGAUGUGAAGGCCUGUACAGGAGGAUACUACGUCUACCGUCUGCCCAGACCGUCUGUCUGCUUCCAUGUCUACUGUGGACAUUUCUAUGACAUAUGUGAUGAGGUGGAGUGCAGUGGACCUCAGUGUCCGGAGUCGGACUGUCGCUGUGCUGCUGGAACCACCCUGGGACCAGAUAGACAGACAUGUCUCGAUGUGAAUGAGUGUGAGCAGGGGAACGGAGGUUGUACGGAGGUAUGUGUGAACACCAAGGGGUCCAGACAGUGUGAGUGUGGACCAGGCAGGGUACUGGAGGAGGAUGGACGCAACUGCAAAGAGAUAGCAGGGUGCUACAACAACAACGGAGGCUGUAGCCAUGGUUGCUCUGUACUACAGGACUCCUAUCACUGUCACUGUCCCCGAGGACUGGAGCUGGGGGAUGACAAACGCACAUGCCAGGUCCCGGUGCAGUGUAGCAGCAGCUCCAUUAAGGUGUCGGUUCUAAGGGACCUGGUGGGGGGCCUGGAACUCUCUCUGUCCAACUCGUCGUGCCGCGGCGUCUCCAACGGAACACACAUCAAUCUCAGCUUCAGCCUCAAGACCUGUGGAACAGUAGUGGAGGUGACAGACGACAAGAUAGUGGGUACCAAUUUAGUGACGGGUCUUCCUAAGUCCAGCCCAGGACCGUGGUCCGGUAGUAACUGGGAUAUGAUUGUCAGGACCUCAAAACUGCUGUUACCUGUCACCUGUGAAUUCCCACGACACUACGAGGUCUCCGACGGUUACCAGGCCAGUCUCCGUAGCUCCGCCCUAGAGCUAGCAGGCCACUCCCAGGGCCUGUUCCCCUUCUCUCUGGAGCUGUUUAAGAGUGCUGAGUUCUCUGAGCCCUACCGGGCUCCACCCCAACUACGCCUACACGACUCACUGUUCUUCGGGGUGGAACCCAGGGAGAAGGUGGAGGGUUUGUCAGCUCUGGUGGAGAGCUGCUUUGCUACCCCCAGCGCCAAGGCAGACCAGGCUCUCAAAUACUACCUCAUCAAAGACGGGUGUAUCUCAGAUGAAAUGGUACGCCAGUACUCUGCUAAGGACCAGCUAUCCAAACACUACCAGGUUCCUGUCUUCAAGUUUGUUGGCAAGGACAACAAGGAGGUGUUCCUGCACUGUCGUGUGUUGGUGUGUGGGACAGGAGACUCCCGCUGUUCGCAGGGCUGUAGAGGGCGUCUGCGUCGGGAGCUGUGGAGGCCUGAGGAGGAAGAGGAGGAAGAGGCGGACUGGGACCAGCAUCACGUGCUGAGUGGAGGACCCAUACGCAUCUUGCCAGACUGAGACAUCAGACCGCCGUGACACCUCCAUACCACUAUCAGGCCAUCUCACCACUGCACCACUGCAAACAUAGAAAUAGAUACAAUAGAUAUAGAGAUAGAUAUUGUAGGAGCAUGACCAGCAUUGUCUCCUGAUUGGAGGACCCAUACACAUUCUGCCAGACUGAGACAUCAGACCACCACCACCACCAGGCCACCACCAGACCACCACCAGACCACCGCCACCACCACCAGGCCACCACCAGACCACCGCCAGACCACGACCAGGCCACCACCACCAGGUCACCACCACCACCAGGCCACCACCACCACCAGACCACCACCAGGCCACCAGACCACCUCCACCAGACCACCGCCACCACCACCAGGCCACCACCAGACCACCGCCAGACCACGACCAGGCCACCACCACCAGGUCACCACCACCACCAGGCCACCACCACCACCAGACCACCACCAGGCCACCAGACCACCUCCACCAGACCACCACCACCACCACCAGACCACCUCCACCAGACCACCACCACCACCAGGCCGCCACCAGGCCACCACCAGGCCACCACCACCGCCACCAGACCACCACCACCACCAGGCCACCACCACCAGGCCACCACCACCAGGCCACCACCAGGCCACCACCACCGCCACCAGACCACCACCAGGCCACCACCACCACCAGGCCGCCACCACCACCAGGCCGCCACCACCACCAGGCCACCACCACCACCACCACCACCACCAGGCCACCACCAUCACCACCACCAGGCCACCACCACCACCACCACCAGGCCACCACCACCACCACCACAAGGCCACCACCCCCAGCAGACCACCACCACCACCACCACCAGGCCACCACCCCCAGCAGACCACCACCACCACCACCAGGCCACCACCCCCAGCAGACCACCACCAGGCCACCACCCCCAGCAGACCACCACCCCCAGCAGACCACCACCCCCAGCAGACCACCACCCCCACCACCAGGCCACCACCCCCAGCAGACCACCACCCCCAGCAGACCACCACCACCACCAGGCCACCACCCCCAGCAGACCACCACCACCACCAGGCCACCACCCCCAGCAGACCACCACCCCCAGGAGACCACCACCCCCAGUAGGCCACCACCCCCAGUAGGCCACCACCCCCAGUAGGCCACCACCCCCAGCAGACCACCACCACCACCAGGCCACCACCCCCAGCAGACCACCACCACCACCACCAGACCACCACCCCCAGCAGACCAUAGAGUGAAGCGCUGCAGAAUCAAUAAUGCUAUGUGUGAGGACCCAAACAGCUCCGGAGUCUGCUGGUUCUGUUCUACCUGAUCAUUAAUUUCCCCCACUUGGUGUCCCAGUUCUAAAUCAGUCCCUGAUUAGAGGGGAAGCACCCACUUGGUGUCCCAGUUCUAAAUCAGUCCCUGAUUCAAGGGGAAUCACCCACCUGGUGUCCCAGGUCUAAAUCAGUCCCUGAUUAGAAUGGAAUCACCCACCUGGUGUCCCAGUUCUAAAUCAGUCCCCGAUUAGAGGGGAAUCACCCACCUGGUGUCCCAGUUCUAAAUCAGUCCCCGAUUAGAGGGGAAUCACCCACCUGGUGUCCCAGUUCUAAAUCAGUCCCUGAUUAGAGGGGCACUAUGGGGGAAAGCUGUGGAACUGGCAUCUAGGUCCAGAGUUGAGUUUGAGAGGCCUCGUGGUUCAGUCGGAAAGGACACGAUGACAUCCACCUGUCACUAAUUUACCACGACCACUUACACAACUCAGAAGGUCAAGACAACCAUCAGAGACUCUCUUGGUUAAACCAAAUCAAUUAGUCAAAUCAAGUCCUGACCUUCAGUCAUUGAUGUAGGCCAGGCCACACAUCCCUCAGUAAUGCACUGUAUCCUCUAACUCCCUUAUGUCAGUCUCCCUGGUAAAUACAGCACAUCAGUAUAUAUAUAUAUAUAUAUAUGCUUACGUUCCAAAUCGCACCCUAUUUCUUAUAUAGUGCACUAGAUUUGAUCAGGGCCCAUAGGGGAAUAGGGUGCCAAUUGAAACACAUUCCUAUAUCUUAGCCACUUGGCCCUCGAGCACAAUCUCCUCACACAUUAAAGUGAUUGGCAGUUCUAUUAGAAAUCGUUUGAAAAGCUUGAGGAGCUGGGGUUUGCCAGUCGUACUACAAGAUGACAGAUCCUCAACUAGGUCAGUGAGUUUUGCAAGAUGCGUUUCUCAAGCCUGAUGACUUGUUUACAGGCCAUGUCUGUAUGUAGAUGUCUGACUUGCCUAGUUAAAUAUAAAGGUUAGAAAAUGUAGAUUUAUUUCAUGCCAAUGUUUAUACAGUUUUCCCUUUUUCCACAUUUUGUUACGUUACAGCCUUGUUCUAAAAUGUAUUAAAAUCCCUUUUUUUCUCUCAUCAAUCUACACACGAUACCCUAUAAUGACAAAACAAAAACAGGUUUUUAGACAUUUUUUGCAAAUGUAUUAAUAACAAAAACAGAAAUCCCUUAUUUACAUCAAUAUUCAGACCCUUUGCUAUGAGACUCGACAUUGAGCUCAGGUGCAUCCUGUUUCCAUUGAUCAUCCUUAAGAUUUUUAUACAACUUGGAGUCCACCUGUGGUAAAUUAUUUGGGAAGCCACACACCUGUCUAUAUAAGGUCCCACAGUUGACAGUGCAAAAACCAAGCGAUGAGGAAUUGUCAGUAGCACUCCGAGACAGGAUUGUGUCGAGGCAAGGGUACCAAAACCCUGGGGAAGGGUACCAAAACAUUUCUGCAGAAUUGAAGGUCCCCAAGAACACAGUGGCCUCCAUUAUUAUUAAAUGUAAAAAGUUUGGAACCGUCAAGACUAUUCCUAGAGCUGGCUGCCCGGCCAAACUGAGCAAUCGGGGGAGAAGGGCUUUGGUCAGGGAGGUGACCGAGAACCUGAUGGUCACUCUGACAGAGCUCCAGAGUUCCUCUGUGGAGAUGGGAGAACCUUCCACUGCAGCACUCCACCAAUCAGGUCUUUAUGGUAGUGGCGAGAUGGAAGCCACUCCUCAGUAAAAGGCACAUGACAGCCUACUUGAAGUUUGCCUAAAGGCACCUAAAGACUCUCAGAUGAGAUGAGAAACAAGGUUCUCUGAUCUGAUGAAACCAAGAUUAGACUCUUUGGCCUGAAUGCCAAGCGUCACUUCUGGAGAAAACCUGGCACCAUCCCUAUGGUGAAGCAUGGUGGUGACAGCAUCAUGCUUUGGGGACGUUUUUCAGUGGCAGGGACUGGGAGACUAGUCAGGAUCGAGGGAAAGAUGAACGGAGCAAAGUACAGAGAUAUCCUUGAUGAAAACAUGCUCCAGAGUGCUCAGGACCUCAGACUGGGGUGAAGGUUCACCUUCCAACAGGACAACGACCCUAAGCACACAGCCUAGACAACGCAGGAGUGGCUUCGGGACAAGUCUCUGAAUGUCCUUGAGUGGCUCAGCCAGAGCCCGGACUUCAACCCGAUCGAACAUCUCUGGAGAAACCUGAAAAUAGCUGUGCAGCGACGCUCCCCAUCCAACCUGACAGAGCUUGAGAGGAUCUGUGAAGAAGAAUGGGAUAAACUCCCCAAAAAAGGUGUGCCAAGCUUGUAGCGUCAUACCCAAGAAGACUCGAUGCUGCCAAAGGUGCUUCAAGAAAGUACCGAGGAAAGGGUCUGAAUUUGUAAAUCUGAUAUUUCUGUGUAUAAAAAUAAAUAAAAAUACGUUCUAAACCUGUUUUUUGCUUUUUUUAAUGGGGUAUUAUGAUGUCAUUAUGGGGUAUUGUGAUGUCAUUAUGGGCUAUUGUGAUGUCAUUAUGGGCUAUUGUGAUGUCAUUAUGGGGUAUUGUGCGUGAAUUGAUGAGGGGAAAAAAACAAUUUAAUACAUUUUAAAAUAAUGCUGUAACGUGAAAAAGUCAAGGGGUCUGAAUACUUUCCGAAUGCAGUGUAAGUGUAGAACAUAUGUAAUAUCCAUAGACAAACAGUGUAAUUUACAGUAUAUAACCAAUGUAUGGAGAGUGAGCCUGACUGCCAGUCUGUUUAUGCUCUCUUGCCAACUUCUUAUAGAGUUGUCGUGUUUGGCUUGAGAGCAGAACGACUGACACCAGGGUAAAUAAAGAGAGCAGAACGACUGACACCCUGGUAGAGAGCAGAACGACUGACACCCUGGUAGAGAGCAGAACGACUGACACCCUGGUAGAGAGCAGAACGACUGACACCCUGGUAGAGAGCAGAACGACUGACACCCUGGUAGAGAGCAGAACGACUGACACCCUGGUAGAGAGCAGAACGACUGACACCCUGGUAGAGAGCAGAACGACUGACACCCUGGUAGAGAGCAGAACGACUGACACCCUGGUAGAGAGCAGAACGACUGACACCCUGGUAGAGAGCAGAACGUGACACCCUGGUAGAGAGCAGAACGACUGACACCCUGGUUAAUAUAGAGAGCAGAACGACUGAUACCCUGGUAGAGAGCAGAACGACUGACACCCUGGUAGAGAGCAGAACGACUGACACCCUGGUAAGAGAGCAGAACGACUGACACCCUGGUAGAGAGCAGAACGACUGACACCCUGGUAGAGAGCAGAACGACUGACACCCUGGUAGAGAGCAGAAGGACUGACACCCUGGUAGAGAGCAGAACGACUGACACCCUGGUAGAGAGCAGAACGACUGACACCCUGGUAGAGAGCAGAACGACUGACACCCUGGUAGAGAGCAGAACGACUGACACCCUGGUAGAGAGCAGAACGACUGACACCCUGGUAGAGAGCAGAACGACUGACACCCUGGUAGAGAGCAGAACGACUGACACCCUGGUAGAGAGAACGACUGACACCCUGGUUAAUAUAGAGAGCAGAACGACUGACACCCUGGUAGAGAGCAGAACGACUGACACCCUGGUAGAGAGCAGAACGACUGACACCCUGGUAGAGAGAACGACUGACACCCUGGUAGAGAGCAGAACGACUGACACCCUGGUAGAGAGCAGAACGACUGACACCCUGGUAGAGAGCAGAACGACUGACACCCUGGUAGAGAGAACGACUGACACCCUGGUUAAUAUAGAGAGCAGAACGACUGACACCCUGGUAGAGAGCAGAACGACUGACACCCUGGUAGAGAGCAGAACGACUGACACCCUGGUAGAGAGCAGAACGACUGACACCCUGGUUAAUAUAGAGAGCAGAACGACUGACACCCUGGUUAAUAUAGAGAGCAGAACGACUGACACCCUGGUUAAUAUAGAGAGCAGAACGACUGACACCAGGAGGAGCUCAUUGAAAAACCCUGAUGAGUAUUAACUGAAAACAUGUGUAGUGUAUCGUGACUAGAAAUCACCAGUCUAUACCACUACUGUAUACCACUACUGUAUACCACUACUCUACACCACUACUGUAUACCACUACUGUAUACCACUACUCUAUACCACUACUGUAUACCACUACUCUAUACCACUACUCUACACCACUACUCUACACCACUACUCUACACCACUACUGUAUACCACUACUGUAUACCACUACUGUAUACCACUACUCUAUACCACUACUCUAUACCACUACUGUAUACCACUACUGUAUACCACUACUGUAUACCACUACUGUAUACCACUACUCUAUACCACUACUGUAUACCACUACUGUAUACCACUACUGUAUACCACUACUGUACACCACUACUGUAUACCACUACUGUACAUCACCACUCUAUACCACUACUGUACACCACUACUCUAUACCACUACUCUAUACCACUACUGUACACCACUACUGUAAACCACUACUGUAAACCACUACUCUAUACCACUACUCUAUACCACUACUGUACACCACUACUGUACACCACUACUCUACCACUACUGUACACCACUACUGUAUACCACUACUGUACACCACUACUCUACCACUACUGUACACCACUACUGUAUACCACUACUGUACACCACUACUCUAUACCACUACUGUACACCACUACUGUAUACCACUACUGUACACCACUACUCUACCACUACUGUACACCACUACUGUAUACCACUACUGUAUACCACUACUCUAUACCACUACUGUACACCACUACUGUACACCACUACUCUACCACUACAGUAUACCACUACUGUAUACCACUACAGUACACCACCACUCUAUACCACCACUCUAUACCACCACUCUAUACCACUACAGUAUACCACUACUGUAUACCACCACUCUAUACCACCACUCUAUACCACUACUGUAUACCACCACUCUAUACCACUACAGUAUACCACUACUGUAUACCACCACUCUAUACCACUACAGUAUACCACCACUCUAUACCACUACAGUAUACCACCACUCUAUACCACUACAUUAUACCACCACUCUAUACCACUACUGUAUACCACCACUCUAUACCACUACUGUAUACCACCACUCUAUACCACUACAGUAUACCACCACUCUAUACCACUACUGUAUACCACCACUCUAUACCACUACAGUAUACCACCACUCUAUACCACUACAGUAUACCACUACUGUAUACCACCACUCUAUACCACUACUGUAUACCACCACUCUAUACCACUACAGUAUACCACCACUCUAUACCACUACUGUAUACCACCACUCUAUACCACUACUGUAUACCACCACUCUAUACCACUACUGUAUACCACCACUCUAUACCACUACUGUAUACCACUACUGUACCUUAAGUGAACUUAUCACAUCAAAAUUGUAUAAUUAGUUAUUCAUUUAUUCAUAGAAAAGUAACACAAAAAAGCCUGAUAUUCCCAUCAGUCAAUGGACAGCAACACACAUGAUAACAUACAGUGCAACAUAGCACACUUAUUUAAACUUACUGGUGUUUGUGUUGUGUUAGACUAGGUUAUUUCGGGUUUGCGUCCCAAAUGACACCCUAUUCCCUACAAAGUGCACUACUUACGACCAGAGCCUCAUGGGCCGUGGUCAAAAGUAGUGCACUUUGUAGUGAAUAGGUUGCCGUUUGGGACGUCGGCUUGUUUGCAUACAAAGUGCACAUCAAAUUGCCCCGUUGAGCAGGUACAUUUGUAUUCUUAUGUGGGAUAUUGACUGAAAGGUCUUCUCUCUAUCAGGAUUUGUUUUGGUUUGAGGUAUGUUAAUAAAAUAAUAACACAAUAAUA